AUCAUGGCUUUCAAUGUAAAAUUUAUAUUGGCUAUAGUGUUAUAUUUUAGUGUUUUGAUAUUCUGUUCAGCUGGUCCAAUCAACAAAAAAGGCGAAUAUUUUUUGUUAUCCAUUAUUCAUUUUAGCGAUUUUCAUGCAAGAUUUAUUGAAGUUUCUCCAAGUGGUGGACUUUGCUACGAGCAAGAGAAAGAUAGGUGCGUUGGUGGUGUCUCGAGAGUCGCAACCAUCGUCGAAAGAUUGAAGAAAAUUCGGCGUAAUCCGAUUUUCUUGAACGCUGGUGAUUGCUUUCAAGGCACUCUUUAUUACGAAUUAUUCAAAGGGAACAUCACUGCUUAUUUUAUGAAUAAACUUCAUCCUGAUGUACAUACGAUAGGUAAUCACGACUUAGAUGAAAAUGUGUCAGGUCUUGCAUCUUACAUAAAACAAUUGGAUUCUCCUGUCGUUGUAACUAACAUUGAUGACAGCGAAGAACCGUCGAUUCAGAAUCUCUACACCAAUAGUACUAUAAUCCAAAAGGGUGGUAAAGAUAUUGGCGUCAUAGGUGCCAUUUACUCUGAUACUGAUAAAAUAUCGAAGACAACUGGAAAGCUGAAGUUUUUGAACGAAGUACAGACCAUCAAUUUAGAAUCUAAAAAAUUGAAAGCUCGAGGAAUCGACAUAAUAAUAGUAUUAAGUCAUUGUGGUAUCGAACACGAUAAGAUAAUUGCUAGUAAUUGUCCUGACGUUGAUAUCGUUGUUGGUGGACACUCUCACAUUCUCCUUUACAAUGGAAAACCACCGUCCAAUGAAGCUGCUUAUGGGGAAUAUCCGAUGGUAGUAACUCAGAAGGGUAAUAAUCGAAAAGUUUUAAUCGUUCAUGCCAGUGCUUAUACUAAGUAUAUAGGUGAUUUACAAAUUGUCUUCAAUGAAGAUGGCGAACUAUUUCGUUGGAAAGGAAAUCCUAUCUAUCUCGAACGAUUUAUAAAAAAAGAUUUGUCAUUUGAAAAAAUGUUGAGACCGUGGAAAGUUGAAGUAGAUCGUAUUGGCAAAAGGUUAAUCGCUAAAACUUUGGUAUUUCUGAAUGGAACAUGCUACUCUGCCGAAUGCAACUUGGCUAAUCUUGUUACGGACGCGAUGGUUGAUAUUUAUGCCAAUGAAUCGUCCAUCAGUUUUAUGACGGCUAAUAGUAUACAAAACAGUAUUCCUGUGGGUCCAGUUGUCUACGAAGAUAUUUAUAUGACUUUACCAUACAAUAAUACAUGGGAUUUGAUUGAGCUCAAAGGAAGUGACUUAUUGCAGGUUCUCGAGGAGAAUGUAGCCAAAAGUUCGAGCAAAAUAUCUUUCGUGAAUUUUCAAUUGAUACAAUGGUCCGGCAUGAAGGUUGUUUAUAAUUUAAAAAAGGAACAAUCCAAAAUCGUCAGUGUAAAAGUCAGAUGUCUCCACUGUAAUGACCCGAAAUUUGAAGACUUGAACAGCGAUCAAUGGUAUAGAAUUGUUGUGCCUAGUUACGUAAUAAGUCAAUCUUUUGAAACAAUUUUCACAAAGCAUCGCUUAAUACACACUGGAAAAUCUCGAGAUAUUGACAACCUUAUUGAUUACGUGGAGAAAAAGAAAGUAAUCAAUAUUACCACUGAAUCCAGAAUGGUGUUUGUGUAGUAUAGUUGAUGUAUAAAAUGUCAUUAAAUUUCAGUCGAUAGCAUUUCAAAUAUCGAAGCUAAAAUUUCAGUUUAAAAUCAAGAAAUAAAAUAUAAGAUUAUUCCAGCGAAAAAUUAUACUGCAUGAAUGAUAUAAAAAGGGCGCUAAAUUAAAAAAAAAUGUUCCAUAAAUUACUGUAUUUAAUUUCCACUUUGAA